AUGACUUCUACUACAACUACAACAUCAAACUCAUUAAUCGAUUCACAAUUAGAUUGUGCACUCGAUUUAAUGAGACGUUUACCUCCACAACAAGUGGAAAAAAAUCUUUCUGAUCUAAUUGAUCUUGUACCUGAUUUAACUGAAGAACUUUUAGCAGCUGUUGAUCAACCACUUAAAGUUGUUCGUGAUCGAGCUGUUGGCAAAGAUUAUUUAUUAUGUGAUUAUAAUCGUGAUGGCGAUUCUUAUCGAUCACCAUGGACAAAUACAUAUACACCACCAUUUGAUGGAAAUCUUCCGUCCGAUCGACUUCGUCAUUUAGAAAUUGAGGCUAAUCAAGCAUUUGAACAAUAUCGUGAAAUGUAUUUUGAAGGUGGUGUUUCAUCUGUUUAUUUUUGGGAUCUUGAAAAUGGUUUUGCUGGUGUUGUACUCAUAAAAAAAGUUGGUGAUGGUAGUAAAAAAAUAAAAGGUUGUUGGGAUUCAAUUCAUGUUAUUGAAGUACAAGAAAAACAAAGUGGUCGAACAGCUCAUUAUAAAUUAACAUCAACAGUUAUGCUCUGGUUACAAACACAUAAAACAAUGUCAGGCAUGAUGAAUUUAGGGGGAAGUUUAACACGACAACUUGAAGCGGAUCAUCAAAUAACAGAAUUUUCCCAACAUAUAAUUAAUAUUGGGAAAAUGGUUGAAGAAAUGGAAAAUAAAAUUCGACAAACACUUAAUGCAAUUUAUUUUGGCAAAACAAAAGAUAUUUUAAAUAGUUUAAGAAAUGCAGAAAAUUUUCAAAAUCGUGCUCGAUUACAACAAGUUAAUUUUACAGGUGAAUUACAAUCAGCACUUAAUCGUACAAGACCAACUGAAUAA